CGUGCCUGGCAACGUCAGACGGGCCGACAUGAUCCCGCUGCGGCCCGGGCUGUUCCUUGGGACGGCCGGCGAUGCUGCGACAAUCGCUCCCGACACCGGUAUCUCCCACGUGCUGACCGUGGACUCCAAGGAGCCGCCGCCUCUCGGAGACCGGCAGACCAAGUUCGUGCGGGCGCUGGAUGAUGCGGGCUCUGACUUGCUGAGCUUCCUGGACGAGUGUGUGCGGUUUGUGCAGGAGGCGCUGUCUUGUGCAGGAGCUGCUGUCCUGGUUCAUUGUCAUGCAGGAGUCAGUCGAAGUGCAACUGUAGUAACUGCUUACAUGAUGAAAAUUGACGGUCUGACCUUUGAAGAGGCAUAUAGUAAACUCCAGGACAUUAAACCUGAUGUCAAGAUAAAUGAUGAGUUUGUGAAGCAGCUGAAGUUAUAUGAAAAGAUGGGUUGCAAUGUGGAUUUAACAAGUGCUGAUUACAAACAGUAUCGACUGCAGAAAGUCAUUAACAAGUAUCCUGAGCUACAAAAUUUACCUCAGGAGUUGUUUGCAUUGGAUCCUGUGAGUCAAGAGAAAACAAAUGAAGUGCUCUAUAGGUGCAGAAAGUGUAGGCGUUCUUUGUUUCGUGGCUCGAGUACUUUGAAUCAUAUACCUGGAUCGGGACCAAAUGCCUUUGCUCACAAGAGAAUGACUCAAACUCAUAGAGAGGGUCAGACCAAAUGUACAUCAUAUUUUGUUGAGCCGGUGCAAUGGAUGGAGCCUGCAUUACUUGGUGUUUUAGAUGGCCAGAUACUUUGCCCAAAGUGCAGAUCUAAGUUAGGAUCUUUCAACUGGUAUGGUGAUCAGUGUUCCUGUGGUCGUUGGGUAACUCCUGCCUUCCAGAUUCACAAGAACCGUGUUGAUGAAGUGAAGCAUUUAAGUUUCUCAAAUGUGAAAAAUGUCAGUAGUUGAAUAAUACUCUCAUGUAAGUGUUGAAAAAACUGGAUCAGCUUAUCUGAUCAGCUACGAAAGCAGAAUAAACUUUUAUCAUCACUCCUUCUUAAUCU